GCUGCGAAGAAGCAGGCAGAAGAGGCGGCUGCGGAAGGGACAGCUGCGGGUCCCCCUGUGAUUGGUGAGAAGAGGAGGCCAGAGCAGAAAGCUGCUGGUGGUGUUGAAACCAAACGUCGGAGACUAGUAACCAAAAGGUCUGCUCCGGCGCAGAAAAAACCUGCGGUUGUCGUUGAGCGUCAGGAUGAAGAUUUUUCUAUCUUCGAUGCUCCGGAGUCCCCUCCGCGUGCCAUGGGUGCGGGUGGAACGGAGGUGCCGUCGACACCUCCCGUCAAGGUGGUACCUGAGUCAACCGUGCAGAAGGAGGGUACCGCAGAGAAUGCUGCGGCCCAGAUAUUUGAUACUGUCGACUCAUCCAACAACCUGAUCUCUCCCAAUGAGGGAGACGAUUUGAGUUUGCGGUUCGCUGCUACUGGGAAGCAACAUUCUGAUGCUGAACCGCAAAAAACUGGCGAUGAAGCGCGGCAGCAUGAUGCUGGGCCGCAGAAGUCUGCGGUUGAUAAGGGUACCAGUUCGUCGGCCGGUGGUGCGGGGUAUGACGGGCCUCCAAUUCAGCCUGGGGAGUCUGAAUUGGAGUAUUACUACCGCACCUACUCCCAGGAUCGCAGUACGCUGUACCAUCGACCCCCCUGGACUGUAUUGCAGGGGGAUGAUAUUGCUAACGACCCUGCGGCCUGCAGGGAGAUCCUGGGCGGUCUUGGGACCCCCUUUGAAGUUGAGCGGGCUCGUGCCGCACCGCGGGAGCUGCGUAUAAACCAGCUUUCGACCAUGUUGGUAGGGUCUUCCAUCGUGGCUAAUGCCAUUUUGGAAGAUUAUAAGGUGCUGGGUCGCCGCGAGGAGGAGGCUGCUCGUAUGCGGGCGGAAGCCGAGAAGUUGGUCGAGGCUGCUCGUGCGGGUGCAGAGCAGCUCGAGAAGGAUAAAGCUGCUUUUGAGAAGCAGAAGCAGACUUCGGAAUGGGCUGCCGCUGCCCAGCUAAAACAGGUGCGUACCCUUGCUAAACUUCUUGCUGAUGAGCGCAAAAGUUGGAAUGAAAAAAUGUCCAAUGAGCGCAAGAAGUGGAAUGCAUCGUGGGCUAAGCAGAAUGACAUUCUGUUUCAUGCUCGGCAGGAGCUGACCAAUGCUAAGGCAGCGAAUGCUACCUUGAGCCAGGAGAAGGCUGCGGCUGAGGCCGUUUCUGUGAAAGCGCUGCAGGCGAAGGCCGACGCCCUGAAGGCGCUUGCAGAGGCCAAAGAAGCCGGGGCUCGUGCCUCAAAGGCCCUUGAAGAGGCCGCGGAGAAGGAGAGCCGUUCUUCCAAGGCUCUGGAAGAGGUGAAUGCGGAGCGCAUUCGUUUGGAUAAGGUUGUUUCCAGCCUUCAGGCUGAGGUUCAGGCCCGGGCGGUUGCGGUUACGGACCUUACUGCCCGCGUGUCUGAUGCGGAGAAGCGAGCCGACGCUGCCGCUGAGGCCAAGGAUGUCUUGGUGUCCUCUUUUAACCAGCUGGAAGCUGACCGUGAGUGGCUGCGGACUCACGGCAUUGCGCGUGUAAGUGUCCAUUGCCUUUACAUUUGCUUGGGUUAGCAUUCAAGACUUAUGACCUUUUUAUUGCAGAUUGCCGAGGCUAUCAUGAAUGCUCCUGAGACCUCAUCUGGUUUGGACCUGGUUAAGGAGCGUGCGCGCGAUGCUGGCUUCAAGGCUGGUUAUAACCGCUGCAUUGGGCAUAUCAAUGUAUUGUCCGCAGGCGGUUAUACUGAUCAGGCAUCCGGGUUCCGGGAUGUAGAUACCGAGGGUCGUCUGAAAGCGGCCGUAGCCUCCUUUUAUGACACGCCCCUUGCCUGUGUAGGGGAGCUGGACGAGUGUUUGGAGGUUGCGGACUAUGUUGACCGCUUGCGGAUGCUUUACCCUGAUGUGGAAGAGGAAGAACCCGCUAGUGGUGCCGGAGGAGACGCGGGGACCAGCGGUACAAAAUAGGGUUUAGGUUGGCGAGUGUGCCUCCUUUUUUGUAUUCCUCUUGUAUAGAAUAGGAACUUUAUGUAAAUUCCGUAAGCAUCAUGUGGAUACUUUGAAUUUUUUGAAUAUAAAGUUUCUUUGUUCA